AUGGUGUUGGAGCCCAACAGCACAGAUCUUCCACCAUUUUUUUACAUGGAGUCCCUGGGCAUAGCGCCAUCCCAGGUCUACCCAGCCAUCAUCAUGGGGACAGUGGCCUACUGCUUCAUUGUGGCUGGCAACAUGACCAUGAUCCUCAGCAUCACCCUGAACAGAAGUCUGCACAAGCCCAUGUACCUGUUGCUCCUCAACCUGCUCGUGAACGACCUCAUGGGGGCCACGGCAUUCUUCCCCCAGCUCAUCAGUAGCAUCGCCCUGGAUGACCGCUCCAUCUCCUCUGCCGCCUGCUUCCUCCAGGGGCUACUGGUGCACCUGUAUGCGGCUGGAGCCUACACUAUCCUCACUGCCAUGGCGUACGACCGCUUCCUGGCCAUCUGCUGCCCGCUCAGGUACAGCACCUUGAUGAGUCACGGCAACCUGCUGAAGAUCAUUACGGCGAUGUGGUUGAUGGACCUUGUCCUGAUUUCAACCCUCUUCUGUCUGCUCACCCGAUUCCGAUUCUGCGGUAACAGCAUCACUGACAUGUACUGCAAUAACGCCACCCUAGUCAAGCUGGUUUGCGGGGACACCAGAAUCAACAACUAUUACGGCCUCUUCCUCACUUCUUUCCUGAAUGGGAUGUCCCUGAUCGCUGUGGUCUUCACCUACAUCCAGAUCCUGGUGGCCUGCCUCACCAACAAGCAGUCAGACACCAGGAGCAAGGCCCUGCGCACCUGUGGCACUCACCUGACAGUGUACCUGGUGUUCCAGGCCACCAGCAUAUUCACCGUGCUCUCCCACAGGUUUCCCCAGGUAUCCCCAUAUCUGAGAAGGUCCGUUGGGGUCUCAAUAUUACUGUUUCCACCCAUCCUCAACCCCUUGAUAUAUGGAUUAAACACCAAAGAGAUUAGAAGCGUAGUGAUACAUUUUUUCAGGAAGAAAAAGGUUGUCGGCUUUGAUGGAUGA